CCUCCUUGGAGCCGCGGCUCCAGAAGUCAGCCCCGCGGGCGCAGCGCGGCACCGCGUGACCUGCAGCCACAUGACCCACGCGGGGCGGGGCCGCCAGCGCAGUCGCUGCAUCAGCCGCGGGAGGCGUCCGCGACAAGAUGAAGCUCAUCAUCCUGGACCACUAUUCUCAGGCCAGUGAGUGGGCAGCCAAAUACAUCAGGAACCGCAUCAUCCAGUUUAACCCAGGGCCAGACAAGUACUUCACUCUGGGGCUCCCUACUGGGAGCACCCCACUUGGCUGCUACAAGAAGCUGAUUGAAUACUACAAGAACGGAGACCUGUCCUUCAAAUAUGUGAAGACUUUCAACAUGGACGAGUAUGUGGGCCUUCCUCGAGACCACCCGGAGAGCUACCACUCCUUCAUGUGGAACAACUUCUUCAAGCACAUUGACAUCCACCCAGAAAACACCCACAUCCUGGAUGGGAAUGCAGCUGACCUGCAGGCUGAGUGUGAUGCCUUUGAAGAGAAGAUCAAGGCUGCGGGUGGGAUUGAGCUGUUUGUCGGAGGCAUCGGCCCUGACGGACACAUUGCCUUCAACGAGCCGGGGUCCAGUCUGGUGUCCAGGACCCGUGUGAAGACGCUGGCCAUGGACACCAUCCUGGCCAAUGCUAGGUUCUUCGAUGGAGAUCUCGCCAAGGUGCCCACCAUGGCCCUGACGGUGGGUGUGGGCACUGUCAUGGAUGCUAGAGAGGUGAUGAUCCUCAUCACGGGUGCUCACAAGGCGUUUGCUCUAUACAAGGCCAUCGAGGAGGGAGUGAACCACAUGUGGACCGUGUCUGCCUUCCAGCAGCAUCCCCGCACGGUGUUUGUGUGCGACGAGGAUGCCACCCUGGAGUUGAAAGUGAAGACCGUCAAGUAUUUCAAAGUUUUUGUGGAAGUUCGCCCUGUGACCUCAGUUCUCUGAUGGAUCGAAGAAAAGUUGAUUCUCAGUUUGUUCAGCUUUUUUUUUAUUGUGAAGAUACCCCAUUAUUUCUCACACACACCCCAGAUUUUCACCUCCCCUCCAGGGAAACAGCACUCAUCAAGGCCACCAAUGACCUCUACAUUGAUUGCCAAGUCAGUUCUUAGAGCGCAUAUUACUUGAUCCAUUUGCAGUACCUGACAAAGCCGACCCCUCCUUCCUUCAAAUUUGACAUGGCUUUCCAGGACAUCACACUGUGCUGGUUUUCUUACCUUACUGGCCACUCUCAGUCUCCUUUGCUGGUUCCUCCUCACCACCCUGAAUUCUUAGCAUUUGCAGUGUCCCAAGACUCAGUCUUUGGACCUCUUCUCUUAAAACUCACUCUCUUGGUAAUUUCAUCCAGUCUCAUGGCUUUAAAUACAAUCUAUACAUUGACUCCCAUAUUUAUAUCUCCAGCCCGAAUCUCUCCCUUGAACCCUGGACUAGAAUAUCCAACUGCCUACCGAACAUCUCCACUGAAAUAACUAUCAGACAUCUCAAACUCAUCUGUCCACAACUCAAGUCCUGAUCUUCACUGGCAAACCUCUGCUACCUAUAGGUUUCUCCAUCUCAGCUAUUCAAAAAGACCUAGAAAUCGACUCUGAUGCCUCACCUUCUCACAUUGUAUAUCCAAUCUAUCAGCAAAUCCUAUUAGUUUUACCUUCAAGGAAGUACAGAAUCUGAACAUUUGUCAAGAUUCCAAGUGCUGGUACACUUGUCCAAGCCAUCUGUACUUCUCACCUGAGUCACUGCAGUAGUCUCCUAAUUGGUCUGUUUCUGUCCUUGCUCACCCUGCUCCCCUAAAACGUAAGUCAGACCCUAUCACACUUUGCUCAAAGUCCUCCAAAGGCUCCCAUCGCAGAGUAGAAACCAAAGUUCACCCAAGGCCCUAUGCAGUCUGUAGCACCACCCACUCCCAUCCCACCUCUUAAAAUUCUCCCUUCCUCAGUCUGCUUAAGUCCUUACUGGCUACCACACUGUUCCUGGAGCCCUCUAUCAUGCUCCUAUCCCAAGGGCCUUUGCCCCUGUUCCCUCUGCCUCGACUCUCUUCUCACAGGUGCCCACAAGGUUCACUCCCACACUGCCAAGCCUUUGUUCAAGUGCUAUGUUGAUGAACUCCUCUCCACUCUUUAAGAUUCCAACAUCACUCGGCUUCCCUUAACACCCUAUUCCUUCUCCCAACUUCUCUCUGUGGUGCUUAUUUUCUGAUAAACCAUAUGAUUUGCUUAGCGUCUGUCUCCUUCCGCCAGAAUUUAAGUUCUACAAGGGCAGGGAGAUUUAUACCUGCUUUAAUCACUGUUACAUUCUCAGCACCUAGGAAAAUAGUAAGGCCCAUUGUGAGGUGUUCAAUAAAUAUUCGUUAAAUGAGUGAAUGAAUACUAGAAAACACAAUAGGUUACAAGAAGUGGAACGGGAUUGAAAAUAAGAUACACAAUCACCUUUUAAAUUUAUAUGCAUUAAGGUUAUAUUAAUAUUAGUUUAGUUUGUUGAUUCAAUGACAAAAAUAAAAAAGAGCCAAGGAAAAGAAAUAACUGUGCUGACUUUAUACUUACCAACUUUGGCAUCAGAAUCUGACUAAAUUUUCAAUGUGUACAAUAUUCUCCAAAGCAACCCCUGGCUCUGAGAAAUAUGGGACUACUUGGAGUGGUAAAUCUUUGGACUACCUGAAUAAUUGUGCAAAGACUAGACUAUGGGUGCUGAAAGUUGAUAUUACCAUAAACAGCUUUCUGACCACAAACUCUCAACCUGUUCUGCAGGCCGAUGUUUUUUUUAGUGAGCCAAAGUUCAGGGAACAGACUAUUUGGCUACUCUUACCAGUAUGAGAGGGCACCACAGUUGUUACAAUUCCUUGGUCUUACUUAGCAGCUUCAGCUAUAACUUAAUUUCUUUACUUCAGUGGUGGCAGGCAAGUGCUACUAUCAGGAGUGACACUUUAAUGUCAUAUCACAGUUGGAUGUCAACUAUGGUUCAAACAGUUUUAAGUGGCCUUACAGUUUUUGGUAAUACUGCUAUUCCUGCCUUGCUUGUCUCAUUAGAUGCUAUUCUACCUACCAAGGUGUGUAACAGACUAUAAUGAAACACAGUGAGGAAAAUUAAAAUCCCAGAAAUACACCUGCUUCUAUAACAAAGUACUACUCCUGUCAUAAGCAGUUAUUGCAUUUAUAACAUGGGAACUGUUGCCACCUGCUGGUGCUGCUUAUGAUAAAAUUAAUACUUGGUGGGCUCUCCAAAAUUCCAGUCAAAAUUUUAAAAUUCCCUUCUAAAGCAGGCAACCACA